AUGAAGUUCUCUAUUGCUGCUAUUUCUGCCCUUCUUUUAUCUUCAGCAGUUACCUACACCACUGCCGAUUCAUACUCUGAUGCCAUGAAGUCAUGGUGUGGUGGCCUUGCUGUCACUGCCCCCACAGCAUCCACUGUCGCUGUUGCUGGCCAAAAUGCCAAGAUCACAGUUACAAGAAAGGCUGAUCAACGUACAAAGAAAAUUACUGGUCUUGAUUUAUACUCUGUUGAUAGCGCAGGUCAAGCCAAAUACGUUCAAAAUGUGUGGAGCGGUAGCUACGCACUGAACACAAAGGCCACCAUCACUGAUCAGAUCCCUUCCAACGUCAAGGCUGGUCUUUACUAUUAUCGUGUCUGGGUCACCAACAUGAUCAACAACCAACAUGGCCCUGAUUGUAUUGAAACUUCUCGCACAUUCAAGGUGACAACUGGUUCUCACACCAACGCUGCUGGUGAUAUUGAAUAUGCUGAAUCUCUCCACGAUAACAGCAUCUAUCCUCAAACGCACCAAGAUGGUUGUUUCGGUUUAUCUGUCGACUAUCCCAAAGAAGGCAGCACUUUUAAGAGCAAUGAUCAUCUCCACCUUCAAGUCAACCGUGAUGCUGCUUCUCAAACCGAUGCAUUGACCAAGAUUGACCUCUACAAGGGUGAUACGCUUGUCAACACUGCUUGGCAAGGCUCCGAAUCCUUCCAAAACUCUUUUACUUUGAAGGACCACUUGGUCUUGAACGACAUUGAUACCUCUGCUGAUUAUCACUACAAGGUCUAUGUUACUUCCAAGUCUGCUAGUACUUGUACCUUUGAAUCCAAGAACUUUAAGAUUUCCAACUAG